AGUGCAAAGAAGGCUUUUGGAUUACCUUGUCUAGUCUUGAUUCCUGCCAAGAGGCAGAAUGGUUGGUUUCAGGAGGCCUACACUACGAGGAAACGUCCUCAAGCAUUAAAAAAAAAAAAAAAAAGGCCCAGUUGUGGUCACGUGCUACACAUUUACGUCAUUGGAUUCUCCUCUCCUCCUAUUCUUCGGACCUAGCUGCGCAUGCGUGAGCAGCAACUCCUCCUGAGCAACCUGAGCAGGAAAACACACAGUGGGAGGACGAGCCCAGCGCUGGCAGCUUACAUCUUGGGCACAGCCGGUCCCCCUUGGCACUGGGUGGGACUCUCCACAGCGCCCCCCGGAGGUGAACCAGCUGAGUGGAAGACUCCCUCCCCCUCCCACACACCUCCCCCUUCCUUCUCCUCCUCGCUGAUCACUUGUUGUCGCUCACACCGGAGGCCAGCAGUAUGGAGGGGCUGGUGGAGGGCAACCUCAUCGACUUCGACCUCCCCUCCAGCGGCCAGAGCCCGGCGCCCAUCUCCUCCUUCGGCACCGGCGGUAGCACCACCCUGCUCCUCCAGCCGGACGUGUUCGCCACGCAGGGCCUCCUGCCCUCGCCCAUCCUGCCCUCUCCGCUCGCGCCCUCCGUGGCCCCCGCCGGCGACCUCACCGGGGAGGCCGGCGACGCUGACGCUGACGCUAACGCUAACGCUAACGGCGAUGGCGACAGCGACGCCACCGAGUCCGCCGACAGCGAGAACGACGCCACCGAGUCGCCCUCGCGCCUGUCGCAGGCGUCGCGCCGCUCCUCGUGCUCGUCCACCCACAGCGGGGAGGACGAGGAGCACACGGAGAAGAGACAGUUCGUCAAGGCCUACGUGGAGAAGGUGUUCAACGGCAGGGAGGACUUUGACCAUGAGGAGAAGGCGCGCUUCGGGGAGCUGUGCAGUGGAGAGACGGGCAACAAAGGCAGGGAGUGGUUUGCCCGAUAUGUCAGUGCACAGAGGUGCAACUCCAAGUGUGUGAGCGAGCAGACCUUCUACAGACUGGUGCAAUCCUUUGCUGUGGUGCUGUAUGAGUGCCACCAGAUGGACGAUUACGGUCCUGCGAAGAACCUGAUGACCAUGUGCUUCACGUACUACCACAUGGGUAAGUCGCAGCUGUCGCCCACAGAGCUUCUGGAGCGUCCGAGCGCAGGGAUCGACUCGUACCUGCGGAGUGCCAACACCUGGCUCUCAGGCAAGAAGGACAUGGCCGAGAAACUGCUGAAGACGACCUCAGCCAGUCAGCCCUCAGUCAAGGGCUUCUUUGGGGGCCUGGAGAGCAAGCUGAGAGGACCAUCUGCCCGCAAGAAUGAAGAACCUGUGAGUCCAGGUGAGGGGAAGCCCAAAACUCCAGAGCCACCUGAGGAGAAAAAGCCAGAGAAGGUGUACCUGUACACCCACCUCAAACAGCAGCCCAUAUGGCAUACGCUACGGUUCUGGAACGCAGCGUUCUUUGACGCCGUCCAUUGCGAGAGGAGGAAGAUGUCCCCCACCACCAGGCUCACAGCUGAGGAAGAGAAAGACGAGAGGGAGAAAUGGUGUCACAUGACCCAGGAGGAGAGAGACGACACAUCAAGGUUCAAUGAGAAUAUCACCUUUGGACAACUAGGAACCUUCACCCACAACAUGUUGGCCUUUGGCUUGAGCAAGAAGCUCUGCAAUGACUUCCUGAAGAAGCAGGCCGUCAUAGGCAACCUGAACGAAGAGCAAUACAAGCUACUGAGCGACCACAUAGAACAGAUGGCACAGGAGUGAGACAGAGAGAGAGAGAGAACGAGAACGAGAACAGCGCUCUUCAACCAAGGCUUGGACUCCAACACGAAUGCAUACUACCCUGUUAAUGUAUAUCAGCACACACACACACACACUCACACGCACAUGCAUAUAAAUGCACACAGACAUGCGUACGUCAAUAUACACAUGCAUACACAUACGCAUACACACACAUAUAAUACACACAGAUAUACACAUACAUUAAUACACACAUGCAUACACAUAUACAAACACACACUUGUACACACCCUGUACAUAAACAUGCAACAUUCUCAAAACACCUAUAGCUCUGCUCUCCACUCUGACAGUCAACUUAUACACUACACCAGCUCCUAGUCUACGUAAAUGAAGUCUCCCUUCCACUGCUCAACCCCACUGCUGGCCAUGUUGGCCUCUCUGAAGAAUACUGCCCCCCUGAAGUUUGUUCUUAUUUUUUGGUCGUCACGUCAAAUAUGAAGUGUGUAUUGCGAUUUGAGAGUGACGAUUGCUGACGUAUUUGUUCUGAACUCGCAACAUAUCUUCAGAGUUUGCAUUCUCUGGUAAUCUAGUCUUCCUUAUUUGUGUUACACCCUCUUGCAUUAAGUCCAUUAUUGUGACUUUUUUUCCACAGAAGUGCAGUCAUUUAUUGUUUGUGGCCUUAUUUAGGAUCCGAAGAGAAUUCUCCAUUUUGUAAAAGUGCCUUUGAAUAUGUUCAAUCAGAUUUUCCUUAGAUUUCCUCAGAUUAUCAUACUCUUAUUGUAGAUUGUAUUGUUGCAUGUGAAAAGAAAAAUAUCAACAAUUAAUUCACAGCUCUCACAAUCUUGAUGAGAAUAGUGAUCGGAUUUGAUCAGUUUGAAGUCUAUAUGUUAUGUAUCGUAGCUCGUCCACUUUACUUCAAGACUGCUGCGUUUUGACUUUUUUGUCACCAAAGCAUGCUUUAGUCUAUAGGGCAUGAAGAAGUGCUGAAGUUAUCCGUCCAAGUGUCUUUUGCUCUGCGCAUGUUGGUAACAUGUAGUGGUCACAGUUUGACCACUAGAGGGCAGUCAUGGCACUUAAUUUCUUGACCAGAGAAAGUGCAAAGCUGAUGACUGUAUUUUGAACGUUUCAAUAUUUCAGUCCUCUCCCUAAGUGGUCUCGGGGCUUAGUGGUGUAUCAAACAGAGAGGUCCUAUUUUACAAUCUGUAAAUGAAUGGAAGAAAACACUUUGAUAUGUUACAAAUUCUAUUAACGCUGACAAGCUUCUUUUUAUUUUUUUGCUAUGCUAUGCUAAAGCUUAAUGAAAAAAAGCAUCAAAUGAUCAACAGUGUAUCCAGUGCUGCUUGUACAAUGUGUUCCAUGUGUUGCAAGGAUAUCUCUGAGUAGGUGUCAUCUAAUGGUGUGCAGCUGUGUUGCUCAGUGAUUGCAUGUGUGUAGUGUGAGAUUGUGCCCUGUGCUCCCAACCUGCUGGAUACUAUUAUAUGUGUUUUUGUAUUGUGCAAUGUAGAUUGAACUAAAGUAUUAGAAGGCUUUGCUCCCCACUCUUGCCUUUGGUUCCUUCAUGUGUCGUGAUCAAAGCCAACUAAUACUAAAAUCACCGCCGGCCUGCUGGUGUGAGCAUCUACUGUACUUGUGUGAACCACUAGUGUGAACUACUGAAGUCUUUUCAGAGCUCGAAUGCUUGAGCGACAUCUCUGACAUACUGUAGUGGUAUCUUUUGUGUCUCUGUGUCUCUGUGUCUCUGUGUGGCAGUGCAACAGCUAGACGCACCGUCGUACUUUUCCGUUCAUUUAGGACUCAUUAGAGAGGACAUGACCCCUAGCUGUGUCUGUGGGCAGACGAUCUUUCCCACUUACUCACUGCAGUUCCGCUGAACCAGAGGAGCAGCUGGACUCUCUGAUCUGAGUAGAAGAGUCAUGCCGUGUGUCGUCAUGGUAAUGCAUGCACAGCAAAAACAAUAGCCGCCAUUGCGGACAAUUCUUACCUCUGUGAGUGACUUGCGUUCCUGUGUCCGUACUGUAGAUUGUGUGACUUCACAGCCUCCGGUCCCUUUUUGUGGUCACGAAACAUUAUACAAGAUGUGAUUUACAAAACAAUGGGAUGUGGUUGGAGGAAGUUAGAUUUAGACCUACACUCUCUCUCUGUCACACACACACAUGUACACACACACACACACGUACACGUACACACACACACACACACACACACACACACACACACACAUACACACACACACACACACACACACACACACACACACACACACACACUACGCUCUCACAUGGUCAGAUCUUUCAUAACCCGUGCGGGUGGCGUGGGCUCCAGAGCAGCAUAAACAGCCUUUCAGAUUAAAUCACAUCCUCCCCUCCACUGCUCAGACACCCACAGCAUGGGGAUGGGCACAGGCUGGGCCUGUCCGGUCGCUUUGGCCAGUCCAGCCACCAGAGGAUCAGCGUUUUAGGGUGUGAGAGGAUUCCAUAUUUAGAUGUGGAGGAGGAGGAGGAAGUGAAUUCUUGUAGAGAUGGUCAUCAGUGUACCAACCCCGUAAACUGGACUGAUGAUGCUUUUAGGUGACUCAACAGAUGAUGAUUCAGGGUCCAGUUCGGUUCAGGUCAUGGGGGUUUUCAUUUUGUUAGCAGUGGUCAAUUGUUAGUUGUUGAACCAGCCGUCGUCCCAGCACAACUUGCGUCUUUAUCAGGGUUCAAAGGCACUGCAGUGUACCUGGACAUCGGUGACACAACCAGGGGUAGGACAGGUGUGCUAGCAGCAUACUGUACGACCACACAGUGACAUAGAGCCGUCCAGUGUUUUUGAAGACGAGUUGGCCUUUUCGGUUUCUGUGAGAUGUUUGUGUUUCUGUUCAAUGUCCUUGUUUGUGGUGAUGACUGCAAUACUGCGAGGUCUGCAUGGAUAUGUCCAAAUCUAUGUGUUGAAAAAAUGUAAUUAAUAAAUAUUUAUUUUUCAUGUGA